AUGGAAGUUAAUGCCGAAUUUCGUGGGUACCGUUCGCCCUUGAGUACCCGCUAUGCUAGCAAGGAAAUGCAGUAUCUGUUCAGCGAUCAGCACAAGUUCUCCACUUGGCGCAAGUUAUGGAUCCUGCUGGCCAAGGCCGAAAAGUCGCUGGGUUUGGACAUUACCGAAGAGCAGAUCCGGGAGAUGGAACGACACGUCGAGGACAUCGAUUUCAAGGCGGCCGCUGCCGAAGAAGCCCUCACCCGGCACGACGUCAUGGCACACGUGCACGUGUUUGCCAAACAGUGCCCUCUGGCGGCUCCAAUUAUCCAUCUCGGUGCGACCUCGUGCUACGUCGGUGACAACACGGACCUUCUCAUCCUGAAGGAAGCGCUCGAGCAACUGCUUCCGAAACUGGUCGGCGUUGUAAAGCAGUUGGCCGCGUUUGCCAUGCAACACCGUGAUUUACCAGCGCUGGGCUUCACGCACCUUCAGCCGGCCCAGCUGACCACGGUCGGUAAACGAUGCACACUCUGGAUCCAGGAUCUGCUGAUGGACGAGCGCGCACUGCGCGUGUGCCGGGACAAUUUGCGCUUCCGGGGCGUGAAGGGCACGACUGGCACUCAGGCGUCGUUCCUGCAGCUGUUUGCGGGUGAUGGUGCCAAGGUACGACAGCUGGACCAAACCGUCACGAAACUGGCCGGCUUCGAGCGCUGCUACGCCGUCACGGGCCAAACGUACUCACGCAAGGUCGACCUGGAAAUAGUGUCGGCAUUGGCGAGUCUCGGAGCGACCGUUCACAAAAUGUGCUCUGAUCUGCGCCUGUUGGCCUCGCGCAAGGAGCUGGAGGAGCCAUUCGAACAGACACAAAUUGGCAGUUCCGCGAUGCCAUACAAACGCAAUCCAAUGCGGUCGGAGCGUUGCUGUGCACUGGCUCGGCACCUUAUCACGCUGCAGGCGAACGCGGCCAACACGCUGGCCGUGCAGUGGCUCGAACGGACGCUUGACGAUUCCGCCAACCGGCGAUUGACUCUUUCCGAAGCGUUCCUGUCUGCGGAUGCGUGCCUGCUGACGCUACUCAACAUCUCGCAGGGGCUCGUCGUCUAUCCGAAGGUGAUCGAGCGCAACAUCGCCCAGGAGCUGCCAUUUAUGUCAACGGAAAACGUCAUCAUGGCGAUGGUGAAGGCAGGUGGCGACCGACAAGUGUGUCAUGAAAAGAUUCGUGUCCUGUCGCACGAGGCUGGCGCGCAGGUGAAGCAGCAUGGCAAGGACAACGAUCUGGUCGAUCGAAUCCGGGCGGAUCCGUACUUUGCGCCCAUCCUCGGUCAGCUCGCUAGCAUUCUCGAUCCGAAGACGUUCACCGGCCGGGCGGCGGAUCAAGUGGUUGAGUUUGUGAAUGACGAGGUUAACCCCGUUGUAGCGCUUUAUGGGGACAAGGUCGUUACCAAGUCGGCACAGUUGAAUAUUUGAUUGAAGAGCGAGAAAGAUUGGCUUGAUGAUGCAAUAAAUGCCUUACAGCUGAA